UUCAUCUGUAUUUCUCUUUCCCCUUGCUCGUUUAAUCGCCGAUUUCCUGCUGAUAUCGCUAAUCCAUCGCCCGGAAUGGGGAGUCGGGAAGUGGCCCUGGUAUACAAAUAUUGGGCCUUGACCCACUGGCGCAAACCCGGUCCCGACUCCUGAGACAGUCCUGAUUACCAUUUAUUAACCCUGGCUAUCCUGACACAAUAUAAUCUCCUCCUGUCCUCAUUCUGUACUUGUACUUUUCACCCUUUCACCUGUUCUGCAGCUAUUCACUUCGAUCAACCGCUCCUGCGUGCCUAUCUGUUGGCCUUUGUACUACAGUCACAAUCAACCCUUUCAAACACACCCCAAACUUUGCGCCUGCAGCGACUGCGUCCGUUCGUCUGUUGCUUUCACUAUUCUCGCACUCUCACGCCAUCCUCCUUCGUUCCCGUGUAUAAAUAGAAAGAGAGCUUCUCUCUUCAACCUCUUUCGAAAUGUUAUCCGCCGGCGAGCGUCAACCUUCUACGGUUAUAGACCCUUCGCACACGAAAGUCUCAGCCCUCAACCACACAACAGCACCGUCUUCCAGUUCAACGCAAGUCGCAAUGUCUUCAGACAACCUCCAACACAUCUGGGUCGUCACUGGCCCCGCCGGCAGCGGCAAAAGUACCGUUGGAAUACACCUCCACCAACAAUUGGGUGUUCCCUUCCUAGAGGGUGACGAUUUCCACCCGGCCUCCAACAAAGCCAAGAUGGGCUCCGGCAUCCCUCUAACCGAUGCGGACCGCUGGGACUGGCUCAUCGCCCUGCGCAAUGCAGCAACAACCCUCCUCACUCCCACCUCCCCAUCCACCCCAGCGCCGCGCGGCGUCGUCGUCGCCUGUUCCGCGCUGAAGGAGAAAUACCGCGAUGUCAUGCGCCUUGCUGCAUAUGGCACCCCCAACGUGCGCAUCCACUUCGUCUACCUCAAGCUCGACCGCUCGACCCUAUUUGCUCGCGUCUCCGCCCGUCAGGCGCAUUACAUGAAGCCUGGCAUGGUAGAGAGCCAGCUUAAGGAUUUGGAGGAGCCUGGUUCCGCUGAGUGGGAUGUUAUUACCGUUGAUGUACACGCCGAGGCGGCAGUUGUGCAGAAGGAUGUUAUGACCGCUGUACAGUCGGUUUUGGCUGGGUAUGAAACCGGAGCUUCGCUCUGAGAUUUUAACUCAUGGGGCCUCGGCUUUUUUUUUUGACGUAUUUGCUGUUUAUCCCUAGGAGUUUUUACCCGGGGGUAUGGUUGCAUGGAUGGUGUUUUCGGGGAGUUUUAACUAGGUUUUGUUUUUGCUUUUUUUAGCUUCUUUUUUCCUUUUUCUUUUUCAAAACAAGUACCCGACAUGGUUUUGCUAGAAGCGAAUCAUACAAUGCAUCGAAUUUUGACUAUUAUUUUUGCCUCUGCAACGCCCGAGGGCAUGGUCUUUCACAAGAGUAACGUACAAUAUGAGAUAACGCUAAAGCAAGAAGCAAAAAGUAACCAUAUGUAUAUCUAUGCAUCCUAUAGUAUAGUUAAAGUGACGACAUUAUGCAGUACUGCCAACUUCACGUAACACCUCGCCUAGAGCACGUAAUACUUGUCCACCAUCUCGCUCUUUUCCCGCCACUUGCACUGCCUGCACAACCAGUGGAUAUAUCCACACUAG